AUGCCUGCUUUCCAUUUCUUUAUGGGGCUUCUCCUGGUGCCGUUGUCUUCUGGCACAGUAAUUGCGCUGUCUCUGGUGCUGCCUCUGGUGCUGCCUCUGGUGCUGCCUCUGGUGCUCCUCUUCUGCUGCUCCCCUUCUGCUGCUUUCUCCCGGUUUGCGGCCCCUCUGAUACCACUGCCCUUCCCACCACUGCAUUAUCUCGCGGCCGCCGUCGUCGCUCCCCUGCUGCCCAUGCCUACUCUUCACCUGAUGGCGCUUCUCCGGGUGCCGUUGACUGCGCUGGCCAAGAUUAGGAUCUUCGAUUUCGACAGAGACCGUGACCCCAACAUCCCCUUCAUUACCCAGGCGGACUCACUGUUCGACCUUCACCGAAGCCAGGGCGUCGACCCCAUUAAGCUCCGCACUGAUGUCGCGAUUUCUCUUCAUCGUUGGGCUGGAGACAAACACCAGAAGUGGCUCUUCUACAAUGCGAUCCGACACGUCAUAGACGACCAUCUCUUCGGUCCAGUCAUUGGCCCCAACGGCCAGCGAGGAAGAGAUCAGAGACCGGGAGAUCAGCAUGCACCUAGCUACGGACAGCAGGCUCACUCACAUGGCUACGGAACGCACGUAAGCCAGGGGUACGGAAUGCAGGCAACCUCGAGCUACGGAACGCAGGCGGCCCCGGGUUAUGAAACGCAGGCGGCCCCGGGUUAUGGCACGCAGGCGGCCUCGGGCUACGGAACGCAGGCGACCCCGGGCUACACACAGCACGCGACCCAGGUAUACGAACAGAACGCGAAGGCAUACGGACAAAAAACGAGCCAGGCCCUCGCGCAGCACUUGCAGGCGUAUGAACAGCAGGAAACCCAGACCCUCGAACAGCAAGCGAAUGCCUACGGACUGCAUACUGCAAGCCAAGUCUAUGGUCACAAUGCAAGCCAGGCAUACGGUCAACAUGGAAGCCAGCGCUAUGGAAACCAAGGCUCCCAGCACGAUCAGGGCCGACAGAGUCGCCGCCAUGGCGGCAGCGACGGCAGUCCUGAAAGCCAGCGACACAUCCACCCCAGUCGCCGCGAUCGAUUCUAG